AUGGACUUCUUGCGGCCCUUGGAAUGGGAGAAGUCGACUUCGGUAGAGGCCGAUACGCGGGACGACCCAUCGCGCAAGAAACGGCGGAAGUACAUUGCCAGAGCUUGUAAUGAAUGCAAGCGCCGCAAAAUCAAGUGCAAUGGUCAAACACCUUGUCAUCGUUGCGGCAGGCAACACAUUGAGUGUGCUUACGUGGAGAAUCCCCAACGAGAGAGCGUUGGCGAGCAAGAAAACUUCGAGCGACUCUUCGAUCAAAUGAAGUCAAUGCAGGACCAGAUCUAUUCGUUGUCGGCGGCUGUGCGGUCUAUGACGAAUAGCGACAGCUCGCCCGUCGGCCGGUCGAGCGUGGCCGGUCCAGCCACCGCGGCGUACGGGCCUGUGUCAACGCAGCGGGCGCUUCGACGAGUUUUCACUGAGAAAAAGACGCUCUUCCAGGGCCCGACCACGUCGGCAUUUAGCUUUGAUCUGGCCAAAUCCAGUCUGCAGCAGCGAGGAAUCGUGGAGGGCAAUGAAGCUGGCGACGAAGGGGAUUUGACCCAGGAGCCAUCACCACUCGCUUCGCCAUCCGCUACCCAUCGCGACCUGGAAGUGCGCCAGGCAGUUGAUCCACUCUGGGCUUUGCCCAAAGCUGAGGCUCUUCGUUUAUGUCGGGUGUACGAGGAAGAGAUGGGAAUCAUGUACCCUGUGCUGGAGCUUUCAGAGCUGUUGGAUCAGGUCGAGCUUCUUUAUGGUAUGAUGGAUCAUUCAAUCAACCCUGAAGCGCAACUCAGGCAGAGGGACGCACUGGAUCCGGAAGAUGUAUUCAUUCUUCGACUGGUAUUUGCAUGUGCCUUGACGGCGGAAGCCAGCGGUCGCAGUGAACCGGCCAUUGCGCUGUUUGACAGCGUCCGAGAAGUUCAGGACAAUUGUGUUUGGAGACCUCCCGAGAUCAAAAGCAUCAUCUUUCUGACCCUGGUGUCAAUAUUUUAUUUUCAAAUGGAUGAAGAGACUCUUGCCUGGCGGACUAUUGGAAUCGUGGAACGCAUGUGCCUAGAGAAAGGCCUCCACCGGCGCAAAACGCUAAAUCAACCAGCCAUCGUGGCUGGAGGCAGGGACCGGAUUUUGCGACUCUUCUGGUCCGUCUACGUUCUUGACAUGCGCUGGAGCUUCGGAACGGGAAUGCCUUUCGCUCUCGAGGAUUCGGACAUUGACCCCUGGUUGCCCGAGCCCGAGGAGAAAACACCGUACCUGCGGGUCAUGAUUCGCUACAGCCGAAUUGCUGCCAAGGUUUGGAAAUUCAUCUCAGCCUUCAAUAACACGAACGAAAUCAAAAAGGAUGAAAUGAACUAUUUGGAUUGGCAGGUGCUGCGCUGGGUGCAUGAUAUCCCCGAUGAGUUGCGCCUGCAUCACUUCAGCACACCGGACUCGGGUGAUACCGAGGGCCCGCGAAGCCUCCGUCGCCUCCGUGCACUGCUUUAUCUACGUGCGAAUCAGCUGCGCAUGCUCAUUCAUCGGCCCGUUCUGCAUACCGCCGGGGACAUUGUCCGGUAUCCCGCGGAGUCCGAAACGGUUGUCGACAUCGCGAAGGACACGAUUCGCUUCAUUACCCGUCUCAAUGAAACCUCGGAUAUCUAUCAACUCCAACAGGUAGCCUUCAACUGGUUCCUAGUUUCCGCAUUGGCAGUCCUGUUCCUUGCCGUCUCUCAAGCCCCGUCUCAGUUCAGCGGAUCAUGCAAGGAGGAAUUCUACUGGGCCCUGGAGCUAGUCAAAGGCUUUUCAACCGAGUCAUACAUCUCUCGACGCCUCUGGAAGUCUAUUCGAAGCCUUCGCAAGCUUGGCCCUGAAAUGGGAUUAGGAGUUCAGAAGCGUCGGUCAGCCGUUGAACCCUCAGAGCCAGGACCACCCCGACCGCAGGAGUCGCCUCUUCCCACUACCGGCUCCAGCACACUUCGCGAAACACCACUGAAUGGAGCGCAGAUGACACAGGAGCUAAUGGAAUGGUUUGAAGCAGUCGGAAACCUGGAAGAUCAGAUUAUAGGAGUCGGCACAGACACGGGCCCAGCACCCGAAGAAAUCCCCUGGCAACAAAUGCCCAACGGGGGGUUCAUGUUUGAUUACGGGGGAGAGUUAUCGAGUGUGAUGAAGGACUGUUUCUAA